GAGGAGGGCGGCGGUGAAAUAGCCGCUGUAGAUCCGCCUCUUUCAUUGAUGAAAUUUAAGUUCGUGUGGUUUUUACCUUUUCCGGGAGUCUUCUGCUGGCCCUUACUGUGUUGAGCGCAGUGUAGGCAGGAGUUCAAGCAGAUCUACUUGCACCAAGUUUCUGUCUUUAGGAAGUGGGGGUGCUUUUCCAGGGUGGGUUUUUUUUUUUUCCCCCUUCAAGGGAGCUUUAAUCGCUUUGAAUAAAUACUCCCUUAAGUGGCCAAAGAUAGGAGAAAGAACACUUCGAUUGUUAAAGAAGGGGAGGAAGAGAGACCUGCCCUAUAGAGUGACUCCCCUACACAUUAAAAAUAGAGUACUUUAAUAAAGCCCUAAAAUGUCAAGAUUUGUUCAAGAUCUCAGCAAAGCAAUGUCUCAAGAUGGCGCUUCUCAGUUCCAAGAAGUCAUCCGACAAGAGUUAGAAUUCUCUGUGAAGAAGGAACUAGAAAAAAUACUCACCACAGCACCAUCACAUGAGUUUGAGCACACUAAAAAAGACCUUGAUGGAUUUCGGAAGCUAUUUCAUAGAUUUUUGCAAGAAAAGGGACCUUCUGUGGAUUGGGGAAAAAUCCAGAGACCUCCAGAAGAUUCGAUUCAGCCCUAUGAAAAGAUAAAGGCCAGGGGCCUACCUGAUAAUAUAUCUUCUGUAUUGAACAAGCUGGUAGUGGUGAAACUCAAUGGUGGUUUGGGAACCAGCAUGGGCUGCAAAGGUCCCAAAAGUCUGAUUGGUGUGAGGAAUGAGAAUACCUUUUUGGAUCUGACUGUUCAGCAAAUUGAACAUUUGAACAAAACCUAUAAUACAGAUGUUCCUCUUGUUCUAAUGAACUCUUUCAAUACGGAUGAAGAUACAAAGAAAAUACUACAAAAGUACAAUCAUUGUCGUGUGAAAAUCUACACUUUUAAUCAAAGCAGGUACCCAAGGAUUAAUAAAGAAUCUUUACUGCCAGUAGCAAAGGAUGUAUCUUACUCAGGGGAGAAUACAGAAGCUUGGUACCCCCCAGGUCAUGGUGAUAUUUAUGCCAGUUUCUACAAUUCUGGUUUGCUUGACACAUUUAUAGGAGAAGGCAAAGAGUAUAUUUUUGUGUCUAACAUCGAUAAUCUGGGUGCCACCGUGGAUCUUUAUAUUCUUAAUCAUCUAAUGAACCCACCCAAUGGAAAACGCUGUGAAUUUGUCAUGGAAGUCACAAAUAAAACACGUGCAGAUGUAAAGGGUGGGACACUCACUCAGUAUGAAGGCAAACUGAGAUUGGUGGAAAUUGCUCAAGUGCCAAAAGCACAUGUGGAUGAGUUCAAGUCUGUAUCAAAAUUCAAAAUAUUCAACACAAACAAUCUAUGGAUCUCUCUUGCAGCAGUUAAAAGACUGCAGGAGCAGAAUGCUAUCGACAUGGAAAUCAUUGUUAAUCCAAAGACUUUGGAUGGAGGCCUGAAUGUCAUUCAGUUAGAAACUGCUGUUGGAGCCGCCAUUAAAAGUUUUGAGAACUCUCUAGGUAUUAAUGUUCCUAGGAGCCGUUUUCUGCCUGUCAAAACCACAUCAGAUCUUUUACUUGUGAUGUCAAACCUCUACAGCCUUAAUGCAGGAUCUCUGACAAUGAGUGAAAAACGGGAAUUUCCUACAGUGCCCUUAGUUAAAUUAGGAAGUUCUUUUACAAAGGUUCAGGAUUAUCUAAGGAGAUUUGAAAGUAUACCAGAUAUGCUUGAAUUGGAUCACCUCACAGUUUCAGGAGAUGUCACAUUUGGCAAAAAUGUUUCUUUAAAGGGAACAGUUAUCAUCAUCGCAAACCAUGGUGAUAGAAUUGACAUCCCACCUGGAGCAGUAUUAGAGAACAAGAUUGUAUCUGGGAAUCUUCGUAUAUUGGACCACUGAAAUGAAAAAUACUGUGUGCACUUUAUACUAAUUUGGGGCUAGUUUCUUACAAUGAAAUGUUCUAAAAUAGGCAGGUACUUUACUAUGUUACUGUACCCUGCAGUGUUAAUUUUUAAAAUUUUCUGCAGUAUGCUUUUAGUUUAAGAAAAGCACAGAUGGAAGCAAUAUUUUUCUUCUUUGAAGAGGAUCCUAAAAGUUCAUCUUAAAGUGCAAUAUCGUUGAAUCUUAAAACUGGGGCAACUCUGCUGGAAGAUCUAACAGAGGCCUCGAUGAUGGUCACUUUGAAUUGCUCAUGUUUUCAAAAAUAAAGCUGUGAAGCA